AUGAAAUUAGUGAAAAAUUAAUUACAGAGAUACCAAUAACCAGAACAGUUAAUACUUGUAAAUUCAAGUCAGCCUCUAUCCAAGGAUUAAAUAAUGAAGAAUUAGUUUCAAAUAUUAGUAAUUUAAUUCAGUGCGAUAAAGAAAAAUAAUUCAAAGAUUCAAAAAUCGAGUAAGUAACAUCUAAGGAUCUUUUAUUUUUAAAAAGAAAUUGAAAACAAAUUUGAACACUUAAAAUAGCAUAAUUAAUUAGAUAUCUAGGAGUCAUUAAAUAUUUUACAAGAAGAAAAUCAAAAUCAGAAGUUAAAUUAUUAUUAUAACCAAUUUUGGAGUACACAAAAGGAAAUUAAGAAUAAUUAAUUUUAAAACAAGAAUUAGAAGAACUCUUAAAUUCAUCGAAGUAAAUUUAUUGCUAGUUGGGGUUAUUCAAACAAACAAUUCAUAAAUUUUAAGAACAUCUUAUAAAAAUUAAUAAUAUUAACAAUCAAAUGA